AUGUGUGCCACCUGUAGAGAUUGGCAGCAGGCUGAACGCCUUGCAGCUGAAAUCAAUGCCACACAGGCUAGAAUCCGCGAUCUGACCGAACAGGCGACUUCCUCGGAUGUUGAGGACCGCCUGGAGCAACUCGACAAGUGGGAGUUCGACUUCGACGAUGACCUGGAAGUCCUGAGGGACGCACGUACCGUUCUACAGAGGGAGAACCCGUCCGGACUCGCCACAGCAGAUGCGGAACUGGAGGCAAUCGCCAACUCGAGUCGGUCCAGUGCCCCACAACCCUCCCCCACGACGUCCCCAGCCGCUGCCUUGACCAGCGAAUCCUUCAGCCCAUCAGCAGUGGUGGUCCACUCCAAGGGUCCACCUUCCGCUCCUGCGAGCUCUCCUGUGACUGCUGUUGGUCCUGUCCAUGCUACUGGCUCUCCAGCCACUCCAGUCGUCCCGUCUCCGAAUGUUCGCUUCCGCAUUCCCAUGACACCCGAUCCCGUAUCAGAUACAGACAGUGACUCCGACUGGUCCAGUUCCAGUUCCGCCGGCACUCGGUCUUCUGGCGGGACAUCUCGUAAACCGAAGCGAUCACCCUCUUCCAGGGUGCCUGGUACCUCAGUGCGAACUGGGGGUAGUGCCGCCACGAGUGCCACUCCUCCUCCAUCAUCUGCCAAACCAGCAGUGACAGCAAUUCACUUGCCGAAGCUGACCGUGCCCACCUUCAGUGGUGACACACUUUCCUGGCCCGCAUUCUGGGACAUGUUUUCUGCGUCUGUAGACGCCCAGCCACUUCCGGAUGUGUCCAAGUUCACAUAUCUGCGCACAGCAUUAAGCGGUCCACCGAACCGCUUGAUUGCAGGCUUAGCGGUCACGAACGACAACUAUCCCAUCGCCCUGCAAGCCCUAAGGGAGGAGUAUGGGAAGCCGGACGUCAUCGUCACCAAGCUCUACCGACACCUGCAACAACUCCCUCCAUCGUCCUCCCAAUUGGCGUCUAUCAAGGUCACGCAGGAGACCGUUCACAACCUCCUCAGACAGCUGGAGGCACAGGGCGAGAACCUCCGUGGUCAGAACCUGGUCAGCCAGCAGAUCCUGUCGAAGUUCCCCCUCGAGGUGACCACCAAGCUGGAGGAGUGGCGUCCUCUUUCUGAAGCCUCAAUGGUGUGGGAUGUCAAGACACUGAUGCAGGCUCUCAAACGGUACGUCACCCUGCAUGAGCGUGCCCAACAACGCUCCAGCUUUUCCGACCACCCGAUGACCGCUGUAUCUGAUCAUGUUGCUAGCGGAAGUGCUCUAUUGGUGUCAGCAGCGCAACAGCAAACAACCUCGCCGGCCCCUUCACAGCUGCGUCACUCAAGUGCAUCACAAAAGCCCUCUGGAUUUCGCUCACCCUGCGUCUACUGCGGUGGUAACCACGGUCAUGAUGACUGUCUGGCGUACGGCACAGAGCAAACCCGCAAGGCCCAGCUUCUCAAGACACAACGCUGCUUCCGGUGUCUUGGCAAAGGUCAUCAAGCUGCUGCUUGCACUCGGGCACGGACAUGCCGCCACUGUCAGAUCACCAACCGCCACCACGCGUCUAUUUGUCCAACACUGUUCGCUAGCCAGCAUACCACUCAAGCUGCUGUCCACAACCCUCCCCUGGGUAGUCAGCAGCCAGAGCACGCUUCAGAUCCUCCGGGAAGCUCCACCACUGUAGCUUCCGGUCACGGUGUCUCUACUGCUAACGUCUACCUGCAGACGGCCAAGGUGACACUCCACAAUGGCGGGCAAUCACUUUCCGCUCGUGUACUUCUUGACAGCGGCAGUCAACGUACCUUUCUCACAAGUUCCGCCGCGGAGUCACUUGGACUUCCUGUUCGGUGUACGGAGUAUCUGCACGUGUCCACAUUUGCCAGUAGUGGGCCGCAGCGACUACAGGCCAAUGUUGUCGACUUCGAGCUGGCACUGCAAGAUGGCUCCCUGCUCCCUCUGACAGCCCAUGUUCUGCCAAAAAUCACCGACCCUGUCCAUCGCAGUGCGAUUCCUGAUCAAGACCGACAGUUCCUGCAGUCGCUAUCUUCUAGUCUGGCUGACAACCUUCCAGACACAUCUGAGAAGGCAUCCGUUGACCUGUUAAUCGGCACGGAUUACUUCUGGAGCAUUAUUCAACAGGACCGGAUCGUGUUGCCGUCGGGUCUGUUGCUCCUCCCAUCGCGUCUGGGUUACAUCCUUACUGGCUGCUGUGCUCCGUCACAUGAUGACUCCAGCCAAACAUCCACACUGCUGUGUCACACCGCUGUACGCCUUGCCUCCCAUCAGCUCCAAGUAAUGGAUUCCACGCCGCGGUCGACACUCACACCCAAUCUGACCGAGAUGUGGAAUUUGGAUCGGAUUGGCAUCCACGACUGCCCCGCCGUCACUGCUGAUGACCUGGCGCUCCGCCAUUUCCAGGACCACAUCCAGUUCACUGGUGGCCGGUGCGAAGUGGCCUGGCCAUGGAAAUCGGAACCACCUGACCUGCCAACCAACUAUGGCCUCGCAUUUGGCCGGUUGUCUACGUUGUGCCGUCGCUUAGCCAAUGAUUCCGACCUCCGACAGCAGUACGACACGGUCAUCCAAUCGCAAGUUGACCUGGGGAUCAUCGAGCCUGUCGCGAACCCACCGCCUACGGGCACGCCACAGCACUAUUUGCCCCAUCAGCCAGUUAUAACGCCGUCGAAACAGACCACGAAGCUACGCAUUGUCUACGAUGCCUCGGCGAAGACAACGAAGCAGUCGAAAAGCCUGAACGAAUGCAUGCACCGGGGCCCUAUCCGUCUGCCCAACCUCUGUGGUAUGCUCCUGCGCUUUCGGUGCUACAACGUUGCCAUUGUUGCUGACAUCGAGAAGGCGUUUCUUCAACUGCGUAUCCGGAAGGAAGACCGCGAUGUGACACGUUUUCUCUGGCUCAGGGAUGCUACGAAUCCUCACCUGACCAAGGACAACCUUGCGGUUUACCGGUUCUGCAGAAUGCCCUUUGCUGUAAUUGCUAGCCCAUUUCUAUUGGAAGCCACAAUACGCCAUCACCUACAGCGCCACCCGUCGCCAUUGUCUGAAACGAUUGCCAGGAAUAUCUACGUCGACAACGUUGUCAUUGGCGUCCGGACCGAUGAAGAAGCAUUGCCCGUCCACGACCAGGCCAAGAGUAUCUUUGCCGAGGCGUCAAUGAACUUACGUGAAUGGACCAGCAGCUCGGCCGUGGUUCGUGCCGCUCUCCCUGAAGAUGAUCUUCUCACCUCUCGUCGCACCAAGGUUCUCGGUCUCCUCUGGGAUACACAUGCCGAUGUUCUUACCAUCCCAGAGAGUAAGAUGCUGCGGUGUCCGUCUCAGCCUGUCACCAAGCGCACUAUCCUGAGCGGUCUCUCUAGCCUGUAUGACCCGCUUGGCCUGCUACUACCCAUCACUCUUCAGGCCCGACUCCUCCUGAGAGAAUUAUGGCAAGUUCAGCUCGAUUGGGACUCGCCGCUACCAGCACAUCUGGCCGACAGGUGGGCAGCUAUCUCGACUAUGAUGUCAACCGCUACGUCACUACCUGUCCCUCGACUCUGUGGUCCGGUUGCCACCGCGACAGAUGUUCAACUACACAUCUUCACAGACGCAUCAGCCGAGGUAUAUGCUGCUGUUGCGUAUUUACGGAUCUCCGUUGGUGAGGUGCAUCACAGCGGACUCAUCUACAGCAAGUUGCGCUUGGCUCCGAUGCCCAAACUCGAUGCAGGCGGCACUGCUUCGUUGACCAUCCCGCGUCUGGAGUUACUUGGUGUGACAAUCGGUGCUCGACUAUCCCGAUUUCUCCAUGACCAACUUCAUCUGCCGAUCUCGUCCACAACGUUAUGGACGGACUCCAAGUGUGUUCUCCACUGGCUGGUCUCCCGACGUGACCUGUCAACCUUUGUCCAGAACCGAAUUAGGGUGUUGCGCUCCCACACGUCAAUCUCGUACUGCUAUGUACCAACCUUGGAUAACCCAGCCGACUUGGCGACACGCCCUCAGACAAUGGAGCAACUCACAGCUAGCACACUCUGGUGGAAGGGUCCACGCUGGCUUCUUAAGGAGCCUUCCCAGUGGCCACAGAAACUAGUCGUCACACCUGACGUUAUGGAACUUGCUGCUACUGAGGUUCGUGGACCGAAGGUGUUGCAUGGUGCCACGCUAAUCGCCACAGCAUUCCCCCAGUCACGGCCUGCCAUCGCCACCACUAUCUGUGACCGGGUGUCAUCGCUAGAGCGACCUAUUCGCAUCAGCUUCUACGUCUGUAACUUCAUCCAGCAGCGGCUCUGGUCCCGUUUGUUGCCGGUCAGUCAGUCUCGCCUACGAACCACUCACUCCCUCCUCUGUUCAUUGCUGACCGCUCUAGCCUCAUCUUCGCAUCUCAAUGCGGCCUCUCGGCGUCUCAUUCUAGCUGUACUCAUUCGGAUGGCUCAGCUUGAAUGCUUUGCUGAUGUGUUCCAGAGCUUCGCAACCAACAACCAUUGCCCCAUCCGCGGACAACUUGGCGUCGCCAUUGAUGAUCACGGCCUACUACAUUGUCAUGGGCGACUUGCAUUGGCUGGUCAUCCGGCCCUGGCUCUCUUACCAGCUACUCACCGGCUUACCCGACUCGUCAUCACUGACGUUCACUGCCGCCUCUUGCAUGCCGGCACAGCCCAUACGCUAGCCCAUUUGCGACUCAACUUCUAG